AUGGCUUACUCAGAUCACUACAUUAAACUUGCCAACGGCUCAAAGAUUUCCCCUGUGGGGUUUGGUACCGGUACCAAAUGGUUUAAAACUUCCAAUCCAGACGUGGCCGAUGAGAAAACCGUCGAAGCCUUGGUCACUGCUUUGGAAGCAGGCCAAUACCAUAUUGAUACUGCGGAGAUUUAUAACACACACAUUGAGGUUGCCACUGCGUUGAAAAGGUUCUUUGCUGCCAACCCAUCUGUCAAAAGAGAGGAUCUCUGGAUCACUGACAAGUUCACCCCAAAGAGUUUGUCGCCAUUGAAAGUUGUCAAUGAGACUUUGAAAGAAUUGGGGACUUCAUAUUUGGAUUUGUAUUUGAUCCAUACUCCUUUCCUUAAAAAGCUCGCAGAAACUGAUGAUAUUUCCUUGAAGCAAGUUUGGCAAGAAAUUGAGCAAUUGUAUGAAGAAGGAAAAAUCAAGAACAUUGGGGUUUCCAAUUUCAGACCUCAAGAUUUGGAUGAGUUACUUUCUUUUGCUAAACAUAAGCCUGUGGUUAACCAAAUUGAGUUCAGUUUGGUGUUGCAAAACCAAUCGAAGGGUAUUUACGAUUACGCCCAAAAGCACGGUAUUGUGCUCGCUGCCUACUCUCCAUUGGCUCCGAUCUACAAGGCCAGUGGUCCAGACUAUGCUAAGUUAUCUAGCAAGUUGGAAGAAUUGGCAAAGAAGUAUAACAAGACUACUGCCCAAAUCGCAUUGCGUUGGGUCAACCAAAGAAAUGUCAUCAUCGUGACUACCAGUGCCAAGAAGCAGAGAAUUAUCGAAAGUUUGGAUAUUUUUGAUUUCGAAUUGUCUAAGGAAGAAGUUGAAGAACUUACCAAACUUGGUGAAGAAUCACCAGAAGUCAGACAAUAUUGGGAAGGUCUCUAUUAA